AACGCUUGGUGUUUAGUUCUCGCGCCUGUAUAUGCGUGCGAAAGAUUGCUCGAGCGAGACGGUGGCUGCUGCGAGAAAAAAACUGCGUGAUGACAGCUAGACUUAGCGCAAUAGUUUCGUGAUACGAAAAUUUCGUCGUUGAAAAUGCGAAAGAAUUAAGGUUCGUGAGUGUGACAGACUUAAAAAAAAAAUACUUGAACUAGGGAGGAGUUGAAAGCGAAGUGAAAGUUGUUACCGUUCUCGAAAUAUAAAUUAUAACGGAGGAUUUUCCAUGAAAGGAUCGGGAUCCUCCGAAGCGUAGAGAAACGGGCCAUGGAGGACUAUAAAUUUCUCUUCAAAGUCGUCCUCGUCGGCAACGCUGGGGUUGGCAAAACCUGCCUUGUCAGGCGGUUCACUCAGGGUCUAUUUCCACCAGGCCAAGGAGCCACUAUUGGUGUGGAUUUCAUGAUUAAAACUGUGGAAGUAGAAAAUGAGAAAGUUAAGUUACAGAUUUGGGAUACAGCUGGACAAGAAAGGUUUCGCUCAAUAACCCAAAGCUAUUAUCGCUCAGCUCAUGCACUCAUUCUUGUAUAUGACAUUUCGUGUCAACCAACAUUUGAUUGCCUACCAGAUUGGUUGAGAGAAAUUGAGGAGUACGCUAGUAAUAAGGUGCUAAGGAUAUUAGUUGGGAAUAAAAUUGAUAGAGAGGACAGAGAAAUUCCUACUCAUGUUGGUGAAGAUUUUGCACAACGACAUGGUAUGUAUUUUUUAGAAACAUCAGCCAAGGAAGCUGAGAAUGUAGAACGAUUAUUUAUGGAGAUUGCAGCUGAACUUAUGGAGCAAGCACGAUGCAAAGAAUUGCCAAGAUAUGAACAGAAUACAACCUCCAUUAAUGGCAAAACAACAACUAUAGGUGAUGCAACUAACUGUGGCUGCAGUCGGCUUUCCUAAAUAAGAAUUCCUCCAUUUUUUACGAUUAGCAAGAAAAAGAAAUCAUACGACGAAUUAUUUAAAAUACUCUUCAAUCAAAUAGAAAUAUGGAUAUAUAAAUGGAGGAAAAGACUCGUAAAUCGUUUCACUAUGUGAUCUUUAAAUGCAUUGCAUUUUUAUAAUGGGUUGCUAGAUAAUUUAAGUAAACAUUUGACCACUUCUAUUUUUUUAGAAAUAACAUUGAUUUUUAUGUUGACAUUUAUAUUUUUAGAGAACAAUUAGUUUUUUGGUGUAUUUUAUCGCAGAAAAGCAUUUUUUAUUUGAAGUGUUGAUAUUGAUUUUGAUUAUCCAAUUGAUACUCAAUAUGUAGUCAAUUAAUGAAUAUGAAGUUUUGAUUUCUAGAAAAAAAUCUUUAACAUUAUCUGGUAUGUUAUAAUCUUAAAUUCGUAAUAUUGUUAGUGAUUUAAAUAGUAUUAAUUUAUUAUAGGAGUCAAUUAUGUAUUUUGUACUGUUUAAGACCUUAUUUCGGUUAUAAAAUCACUCUAGUCUAUAUACAAUGAUUAUAAUGGCAGAUUUUAUCUGCAAUUGCUUGCAUUGUGGUGUUGGCUUUUAAAUGUAGCACUUUAAACAUCGAUUUUCGUUAUAAAAAAUUAUUCUUAAUGUUAAUUCAUUUCCAGUUGUGAAACGCUAAUUUGCUUAAUUAUGUUGAUAAAAAAAGAGUUAAUUAAUAUUAUUUUUUUAAAGGUACUGCGUUGCUUUGAUGAAGUUUUAUGUAAUAUUAGGGUAUUUACCAUGUGUAUUAUGUACAAAGAGAAAGUUGUUUAGUUAUAAGUGUUUUGACUUAAGGAAGCAUCCAACAAUACUGCGAUUAAAAAGAAAAAAUUAGUAUUUUCAUCGUUUUAUAACAUAACUAAAAUAAUAAAAACGAAUUUUUCAUAGAACCGAAAAACGAACUAACAUAUCAAAUCAUUGCGAAGUACUUUCCACAAUUUUUACUAUAAAAUUACCAAUCAGCAUAAGCAUUAAAUGAAAUAAUGUGUACCUAUACGUGUAAAGACUUGUCUUUGCCUUGAAUUCUUUUUCAACGCAUAUUUUUAAGAUUAUAAUUUUAGCAUUGCAAAGAGAAAAAGAGAGAAAGAGAGAGAGUGAGUGAGUGAGAGAGAGAGCGAGAGAGAGCGAGAGAGAGAGAGCGAGAGAGAAA